AACCAUGCGAAGGCACACCCCCUAACAAACAAGUGGUGUUUGCAGCUACUAUGUACAGUUUAGCGUCGUGAGCGAGUUUCAAGGGCCGAAUGACAAUGGUGGAGAAUGCAUGACGUUGUGGAUGUUUCUUGCCUCUGGUGCUGUUGCCUCGAUACGAUGGUCGUGACUCCGACUCCACAGUGUUGGCCGUGAGUCGUCGGGGAGAAGUCGGAGGUGACGGGCAUAGAUCUUCAGGUUUAACUUAGACCCCCUGGAGCAGACAUCAUGACGAUCCCGACCCCCCGGAGCUCCCCCCUGCCCCCGGACGGCGGCUGGGGUUGGAUGGUGGUGGUUGGCGGGUUCAUCGUCAGCGGCUGUACAGCGGGAAUCUUCCGCUCCCUCGGAGUUUUCUUCCUGACGUUCAGCCGACAGUUCCAGGCUAGCUCAGCGGAGACGGCGUGGAUAACCUCUAUACUGAUGAGCGUCAUGUUUUUCCUAUCUCCGGUUGGUACAGCCCUGGCGAGCACCAUAGGUUUCCGCCCCACCGUCAUGCUGGGAGGGGUGCUGUCGGCUGCAGGCUACAUCAUCAGCGGUUUCGCAACCCGCAUGUUUCACCUGUACUUGGGGAUAGGAUGUCUGACAGGCCUUGGAUACGCCUUUACCCUUAGUCCCAUCAUGGCGAUUGUCGGGCAGUAUUUUACCAAGAGACGCGCCCUGGCUAACAGCUUGACCAUGCUGGGCUCCAGCGUCACCUCCAUGUCGUUCCCACCGCUCUUCCAGUAUCUGAUGGACGAGUACGGUCUGAAGGGGGCUCUACUCAUCAUAGGCGGCGUCAUGCUCAAUAUGGUCGUAGCGGGAGCUUUGAUCAGACCUCUCGAGGCUUACAGCGACAGGAAAGUCGAAAAUGGACCUAAGAAGGCUUCGAGCAACAGAAUGAACGACUCAGACACCGUUCUGGAGACUGAAACGAGAAAGAAAUGGUCAGCAGCCGCAGUAAGGUUUCUCAAAACAUUCUGGGCGCAGAUGGACUUUAAGGUGAUUAAGAUACCCACUGUGGCACUGUUUUUGACGUCGUUGUUUCUAGUGUCGUUCGGUGUCAUUGUGCCGCCGCUGUACAUCGUUCCUCGUGCCAAGCAGCUUCAGAUCGAGGACUACACCGCAGCCUCCCUACUGUCAGUCAUCUCCAUUGCAGACAUGGUCAGUCGGUUAGCAGUCGGGGCCAUUCCGGAUAACCCAAGGUUCACCCGAUUUGAUCAGUACGGACUGAGUCUGUGUCUGCUGGGCAUCUCCAACCUCCUGUCUCCGCUAGCCAAGACGUACCCGGCGCUCGUGGCGUACGCUAUAGCGCACGGGGCGUGCUAUGGUGCAUUUAUCCCGACCUCGCUGACGUGUCUUGCCGAACUCGUCGGCCCAAAACGUCUCCCUAGUGCAAUUGGGAUUCUGAUGUCAGUACAGGGUUUCGCGUCACUGUCUGGACCGCCAUUUGCAGGCUGGCUGUUCGACGAGACGAAAAGUUACGACGCCACGUUCCUCCAGGCAGGCGCUGGGUUCCUGCUGGCCGGACUCUUGCCGUUCCUUCUGCGACUCAGGAAGAAACGACCAACGGACACUUCGGGGACACUGACGGACAUGCCGCAUAACGUGAAGGAUGAAACUGACAUUCUACUGGUAUCUGCACGUGAAACGUCUGUGUGAACAUUUGUGCAAAUUAUAACUGCAGUGAAAUACAUCUUUGAAGAUGUUGAAAGGACUUCGUAUAACUAUAACUGCAG